AUGGUUUACCUGUCACCACCCACUCAGUACAGAUUUAACCUUUUGGUUUACCUGUCACCACCCACUCAGUACACAUUUAACCUUUUGGUUUACCUGUCACCACCCACUCAGUACACAUUUAACCCUUUAGUUUACCUGUCACCACCCACUCAGUACAGAUUUAACCUUUUGGUUUACCUGUCACCACCCACUCAGUACAGAUUUAACCUUUUGGUUUACCUGUCACCACCCACUCAGUACACAUUUAACCUUUUGGUUUACCUGUCACCACCCACUCAGUACACAUUUAACCUUUUGGUUUACCUGUCACCACCCACUCAGUACACAUUUAACCUUUUGGUUUACCUGUCACCACCCACUCAGUACACAUUUAACCUUUUGGUUUACCUGUCACCACCCACUCAGUACACAUUUAACCUUUUGGUUUACCUGUCACCACCCACUCAGUACAGAUUUAACCUUUUGGUUUACCUGUCACCACCCACUCAGUAUAGAUUUAACCUUUUGGUUUACCUGUCACCACCCACUCAGUACAGAUUUAACCUUUUGGUUUACCUGUCACCACCCACUCAGUACAGAUUUAACCUUUUGGUUUACCUGUCACCACCCACUCAGUACAGAUUUAACCUUUUGGUUUACCUGUCACCACCCACUCAGUACACAUUUAACCUUUUGGUUUACCUGUCACCACCCACUCAGUACACAUUUAACCUUUUGGUUUACCUGUCACCACCCACUCAGUACACAUUUAACCUUUUGGUUUACCUGUCACCACCCACUCAGUACACAUUUAACCUUUUGGUUUACCUUUCACCACCCACUCAGUACAGAUUUAAGCUUUUGGUUUACUUGUCACCACCCACUCAGUACACAUUUAACCUUUUGGUUUACCUGUCACCACCCACUCAGUACAGAUUUAACCCUUUAGUUUACCUGUCACCACCCACUCAGUACAGAUUUAACCCUUUAGUUUACCUGUCACCACCCACUCAGUACAGAUUUAAACUUUUCGUUUACCUGUCACCACCCACUCAGUACACAUUUAACCUUUUGGUUUACCUGUCACCACCCACUCAGUACACAUUUAACCUUUUGGUUUACCUGUCACCACCCACUCAGUACAGAUUUAACCUUUUGGUUUACCUGUCACCACCCACUCAGUACACAUUUAACCCUUUGGUUUACCUGUCACCACCCACUCAGUACACAUUCAACCUUUUGGUUUACCUGUCACCACCCACUCAGUACAAAUUUAACCUUUUGGUUUACCUGUCACCACCCACUCAGUACAGAUUUAACCUUUUGGUUUACAUGUCACCACCCACUCAGUACACAUUUAACCUUUUGGUUUACCUGUCACCACCCACUCAGUACACAUUUAACCUUUUGGUUUACCUGUCACCACCCACUCAGUACACAUUUAACCUUUUGGUUUACCUGUCACCACCCACUCAGUACAGAUUUAACCUUUUGGUUUACAUGUCACCACCCACUCAGUACACAUUUAACCCUUUGGUUUACCUGUCACCACCCACUCAGUACAAAUUUAACCCUUUAGUUUACCUGUCACCACCCACUCAGUACACAUUUAACCUUUUGGUUUACCUGUCACCACCCACUCAGUACAGAUUUAACCCUUUAGUUUACCUGUCACCACCCACUCAGUACAGAUUCAACUCUUUAGUUUACCUGUCACCACCCACUCAGUACAGAUUUAACAGUUCAACUCUCACAUACUUUUGUGUCUAG